AUGUCUUCAGACACUCCCAACUCCAACAACGGCAACAACAACGCCAGCUCCAACUCUAGCUACAACUACAAGCCCCCCUCGCCCCCGCCCGCCGACAUGCAGCACAAUCGUCGUGGUUCCGUCACUUCCGCCGCCUUCGCCAACCUCUUCCAGCGGACCAACUCCGCCACCUCCGGUACUCCUGUCUUCCCAGGUGCCAUCACAUCUGCCGCCAUCAAUGAGCAGCGCCGGAGACUGUCCCUGUCCACGACGUCCCUCGGUCUAUCGGGCACCUCUCCCACCGGCAACCCUUCCUUCAACCGGCGAGCCAGCUUGUCCACCAACAACUCCGACUCUGUCGAUGAGAACGCCAUCGAGGAGGAGGAUUACUCUGCCACCUCACGCAAUGCUCCCGUCUCCCCCUUUGCUCGUAGGAUGAGCUUCGGCACCUCUGCAGCCAUGCGUCGCCCUGGUGGCAGCAGCCCUGGAACAGGCAAUGGUAGGCCUAACACUCAAUCUCCUGGUGAUGCCGUCUCUCCUUCCAUGCAGCGCCGGGGCACUAUUGCUGUGCCCCCUUCCCCUCCCGACAGCGCUGCCGCGUCUGCGACGUCCUGGAAGUCUCAGUCUUCCACUACGCCUCAGACGAAUCCAAGCAAUGCAAGCAAUACAACACGUCCCAGAGCCGUUUCUGACUUGUUCUCCGCUACUCCAAAAGACCAGGGCUUCAACUGGUCGGAGCAGCUUAGGUCUCGUGCCGAAAGCACUGUUGCAUCGGGCCAACGCCCCUCCUUCUCCUUCGCCUCGGGCAUGACCGGCUCACCCCCUCGCAACGGAGCUGUCCCUCCCCCGGGCACUCAUGACCGUAACCGGUCUGUGUCUGAAAUGCCCGCGCCUCCGGCUCAGACUCCCAAGCCUCGAUCACCACCUCGGGACACCCGCCCCAAGCCUGACGCCUUCCAGGAGCGGAUCCUGAAGGGUGACUUCUACAUGGAUUGA